CGCGCGGCGGGCAGGGCACAUGCAAGCCACGUGCGUUGCGAUCGCGAUACACUGAAAAUAGAAGUCGCCUCGUCGUCGCCGCCGCCGUCAGUACGCGGGAGAGAGUCCCCGGAGAGACAGACACUUCGUACUAGCUGGCAGCGCGAUGCGAGCGCAUUACGCGAUCUUUUCCGUCGUGACGGUUUUAUUUGCGUUGGUGAACAAUGCGAGCCCAGCGAGAAUCCUCGGCCUCUUCCCGCACACGGGAAAAAGUCAUCAAAUGGUGUUUGAGCCGCUCCUUCAAAAGCUAGCUGAAAGAGGGCACCACGUCACGGUUGUGUCAUUCUUCCCGCUGAAAAAUCGCCCUGAAAAUUACACCGACGUCAGUUUGGAGGGUAUCGCCACUUUAGGAGUGGAAACUAUUGAUUUAGGAUUCUUCGAAAACACUAAUGUGAUAGCUAAAAGACUCGGCAUCGAUAGGAUACUGAGGCAAGCGUUCGAUAUAGACCCUUUAGCCGACAUGGCUGUGGAUGUGUGCUCUAAACUCGUGAGUUGGCCGCCGCUGGCUGAAGCCCUAAGAAAAGACUACGAUGUGGCGUUAGUGGAAACCUUCAAUAGCGAUUGUAUGCUCGGUUUGAUGCAUGUUUACGGUAAGAGAGUGCCGAUAAUAGGCAUGUUAUCGAGCGGACUGAUGCACUGGUCUGCGGAUCGUAUCGGUGUCACCGAUAACCCAGCGUAUGUUCCUAGCAUCGCUUCAGAAUUGACGAGCAAGAUGACGUUCCUGGAAAGAUUGGAAAAUACUUUUGUGACUUAUUAUUUGAAGAUUUGGUAUCGGUAUAAAGUGCAGAUGAAAGAGCAGGAAAUAAUCGAGAGACAUUUCGGAAGAAAGAUACCUGAUUUGAAUGAUCUAGCGAGAAACACAACUAUGAUGAUGGCGAAUGUGUUUCACAGUUUGAAUGGGCCGAAGCCCCUGCUGCCUGGUCUGAUAGAAGUAGGCGGCAUGCAUUUGAAUCCCAAGAACGGUGGAAUUCCACCGCACAUCGAACGCUUCCUCAACGAGUCUGAUCACGGCGUCGUGUUGUUCAGCUUCGGUUCUUUGCUUAAAACGUCCACGAUGCCAGAGCACAAGGAAAAAACUAUAAUGAAAGCCCUCUCUCGGCUCAAGCAGAAUGUUAUCUGGAAAUAUGAGGACAGCGCGGAGGAAGGCACUCGGAUUGGCAACGUACUUAAGGUCCGGUGGUUACCACAGUACGAACUAUUAAGGCACAAGAAAGUCCUAGCUUUCAUAGGGCACGGAGGGAUUCUCGGCAUGACAGAGGUGAUAUCGGUUGGCAAGCCGAUGCUGGUGGUACCGUUCUUCGGAGAUCAGCCAAACAAUGGAGCCAUGGCAGAGCAAGUAGGACUGGGCUUGUCAUACUCCUACCAAGAUCUCACUGAAGACUCGUUCUAUGAAGCGAUCAAGACUGUAUUGAGCGCUGAAAUGCGUCUCAGCGCACGACGUGUCUCCAAAAUUUGGCAAGAUCGAGAUAUGAAGCCAUUAGACAAAGCAGUUUACUGGGUUGAGAGAGUCGCCCGUUGGGGCCACCAUGAUCCUCUACAUUCUGCAUCUAGAGACUUGAACAUCAUUCAAAUAUCUCUACUAGACGUAGCCGCAACAUUCAUACUAGGAAUAAUUCUUCUCAUCUUUGUCACUAAAAUGUUAUUAUCAUUUGUGUUAAGAAUCGUUAAAGUUAAUUUCAAUUCCAAAGUUAAAGAUAAGUUGCAGUGAAAACAGUAAUUAAUAAUAAUAAUAAAGUUGUAAGUAGAUAUAAUGAUGGUGA